AUGCUGCUGGCGGUGUAUCUACAGUGUACCACACUGACAGCCGCUCCUCCAGCUCUGCAGCAGCAGCAGCAGCAAAAGCAGCAGCAGCAGCAGCAGCAAAAGCAGCAGCAGCAGCAAAAGCAGCAGCAGCAGCAGCGUGAGCAGCACAAAACCACGCCCUACCCUGCGCCCCAAGCACAGCCAAGCAACUGUCUUCACCAGCAGCAGCAGCAGCACAAGCACCGCAGCAGCAGCAGCACAAGCACCGCAGCAGCAGCAGCACAACCACCGCAGCAGCAGCAGCACAACCACCGCAGCAGCAGCAGAACCACCGCAGCAGCAGCAGCACAAGCACCGCAGCAGCAGCAGCAGCAGACCGUCGCGGAGGAGGAUGUCCUCCUGGGUCUUGUUGGCGUAGAGGAGAAACAGGCGGGUGGGGUCGUUGUUAUUCUGCAGCACUUGCUGCACAACUUGGAAAACUGGAGUUAUGCCGCUGCCCCCCGCCAGCAGCCCCACCUUUUGCUUCUGCUGCUGCUGCCCGUUCACCACGAACUUCCCGCAACCCAG